AUGGAAGAACGAGGCUUGAACGUCCCGGCGGCGACGCCGAAGGCGAUUCCAGGCACGGCAAAUGUCUCCUCGGAGGCGCAGAAGGUCGCGAGGGAGCUCAUGACGAACUUCUCAAGCGCGAAGGAGAAGAGAUUCGAGCUUGAAAGGGUCAUAUCGCAGGGCUCAGUCGGCGUAACGUUCAAAAUGAAGAUGAAGGAUGAUUCCCCAGAGUCGCCAUCAAAGGAAGCACGAAAGGCAAGGGAUGUGAGGAGAUUCGUCAUGAAACGAGCACUGACUCAGCGUUCGGAGAAAAACUUGAGACAGGAAGUCUCGGUUUUACGGCGCUUUGCCGCAGCCAUGCAUAUUUCAAGACCAUUCCUCACCACGGAAGGCCAAGAGGGUAAUAAGGUGCCUUACCUCCAGGGGCCCACGCUAUUUACUGAGUGGGUUGACAACGGUCUCCUUUUCGACUUCAUCGAAAGGGUGGGCGAUUGGGACCAACCCUUACCUAAUAGGAUUCUAUGGAGGUUGUUCUUAUGCUUAUGUCGAAUGGUCGUCGCUAUGGCUUGGCCCCCGGCCGGUAAUGAAGCCACAAUCGAAACCAUACCACAGGCUGGUGCGAAUGGCAUCCGACCAGCCAUGUCGCGAUUAGUCCAUGGCGACUUGAACAUUCGAAACAUUAUGAUCAACGGGAUGGAACCAAUGGAGCAUGAUAUGGUGCCGAUUCUAAAGCUCAUCGACUUCGGCGAUUCUCGCGACCUACCUGCCAACGCGACUCAAUCGCCGGAUAUAGCAGUCAAAACCAACAUAGGCUACAUCGGAAGGGUCAUGCUGGCAUUGGUCGGUGGAAGCCAUCUUGGCGGCAACGCAAACAUGGAGGUCACCGAUCGAGGCACGACGAAGACCAUAAAGUCCUUCGCGCGCGACCUCGAUGGCCUGAACGCGGCCUACUACAAAGCGCUAGCGAGCAUCGUGGCUCGACACAAGGUCAAGCUAGACAACCUGGACCCCGAUAUUAGAGAUCUCGUGGCGUUGUGUACGGCGUUGAGACCAGUGGACCGGCCGAGUAUCGAAAAUCUCGUGGAGGAUGUUGAGAGGAACGUUAAGGACAUGAAGGCGGCAGACUAUGCCAGUUAUAAGUUUUCCCAGAACGAGACGGAUCAGGCGGUGAGGAGGAUAACGCGGGAACUUAUGCUCGAAGGACAGACCACAUCGUCACCCGCACCGCCAAGCCUCGGCCUAGCAAGGUUAACAAUCUAG